AUGAGCAGUGACGACAUUCAACAAGUUAUCAGGAAGAAUGCCAUUUCCUGGGGUCAAGUCGGGCCUAGAAGUGGGAGAUUACUUGUACGAGGCAGACCUCAGUCUUCAAGAAUGGGAGAAGAUCACAAGAGAAAUAUUUCUAGACGUAAAGAAUUAUUUGGAGUCUCAAAGCCAAAAAGAAGCAUGAAGCGCAAUAGAAACUCUUCAAUCAGGAAAUCCAAAAUGAAGAAAAAUGCAAGAGAAGUAAUUUUAGGAGCUGUCCCAGGGAUUGAAGUAGGAGAUGAGUUUCAGAGCAAAAAAGAGCUCAGCAUUGUUGGUCUUCAUGGCCAGAUCAUGCGUGGCAUUGAUUAUGUCACUGGCCGUGACGGUAGGACACUUGCUGUCAGCGUUGUUUCUUCAGGUUCCUAUGAUGACAAGCUAGAGAAUAAGGAGUUGUUGACUUAUAUAGGGGAGGGAGGCAACUUAAAUAAAUAUAAGAAUGGAGCGCCUCUCAAAGAUCAGAAGCUUACAAGGGGAAAUCUUGCUUUGAAGAAUAGUUACGUAGUGAAGAACCCGGUUAGGGUGAUACAUAAGCGCAUGUCUAAAGAUGGAAGUCGUGAUGUUUUUGUGUAUUAUGGGAUUUAUGAGGUUGAUAGUUAUUGUCCUGAGCGUGGGGAGUAUGGUAACAAUGUAUACAAGUUUAAGUUGAGAAGGAAGCUUGAUCAGCCACAAGUUAUUGGGAAUGAGUUGAAGAUUAAGUCGCAAUCUCAAGCUGAUCAACCACAAGUUAUUGGGAAUGAGUUGAAGAAGUCGCAAUCUCAAGCUGGUCAUCCACAUGUUAUUGACCAUGAUCUUUCUAAUGGGAGUGAGUUUUGA